AUGUUUUAUCAUAUCGCUGUGUAUCCUGUACAAUUCGCUGUGUAUCCUGUACAAUUCGCUGUGUAUCCUGUACAAUUCGCUGUGUAUCCUGUACAAUUCGCUGUGUAUCCUGUACAAUUUGCUGUGUAUCCUGUACAAUUCGCUGUGUAUCCUGUACAAUUCGCUGUGUAUCCUGUACAAUUCGCUGUGUAUCCUGUACAAUUCGCUGUGUAUCCUGUACAAUUCGCUGUGUAUCCUGUACAAUUCGCUGUGUAUCCUGUACAAUUCGCUGUGUAUCCUGUACAAUUCGCUGUGUAUCCUGUACAAUUCGCUGUGUAUCCUGUACAAUUCGCAAACAGGCCAAACAAUUUCUAG